UGAGAUCUGACCGCACUAAAAAAUAGAAAGAAGAGGUUUUACUAGGGUUUUAUUACAAGCAAAGAGAAGGAAUUAACAAGAGGAAGAAAAUUGAGGCUCAAAAGAACUGAACUCCGGAGUACGAAAAUGGCGACCAUUUGGAAAACUAACUCCGCGAGAAACGCAGUGCGUUGUUUGAGCCAAUCGCUGGCUUCAACUAGCCGCACUCCUUCGAUUCCCCCUCGUUUUUCCUCCGUUCGAUACCUCCGCACUGGUCGCGAUCCUAGUUCCAGGACCUAUGAUAUUAUUCCGCCUGUGAAUUGGGGGAUUCGGAUUGUGCCGGAGAAGAAGGCGUUUGUGAUUGAGCGAUUCGGGAAGUACGUUAAGACUCUUCCCUCUGGAAUCCAUUUUUUGAUUCCUUUCGUGGAUCGUAUCGCUUAUGUGCAUUCGCUCAAGGAGGAGGCUAUUAACAUUCCUGACCAGAGUGCAAUUACCAAGGACAAUGUCACCAUCCUCAUCGAUGGCGUGCUUUACGUCAAGAUUGUGGAUCCUAAGCUCGCGUCUUAUGGAGUGGAGAAUCCCAUUUAUGCUGUCAUUCAGCUGGCACAAACGACAAUGCGUAGUGAGCUUGGUAAGAUUACUCUUGACAAGACCUUUGAAGAAAGAGACACACUCAAUGAAAAGAUUGUGGAGGCCAUUAAUGUGGCUGCAAAAAGUUGGGGUCUGGAGUGCCUUCGAUAUGAAAUAAGGGAUAUCUCUCCUCCACGUGGAGUGAGAGCAGCUAUGGAGAUGCAAGCAGAAGCAGAAAGAAAAAAGAGAGCUCAAAUUCUUGAGUCUGAAGGAGAAAGACAGGCUCACAUAAACAUUGCUGAUGGAAAGAAGAGUUCAGUGAUCUUAGCAUCAGAAGCUGCAAGGAUGGAUCAAGUUAACAGAGCUCAAGGUGAGGCUGAAGCUAUCCUAUCUAAAGCAAAAGCAACUGCGGAGGGAUUAGCUCGUGUCUCAACUGCUCUAAAAGAAAAUGGAGGACCUGAGGCAGCAAGUUUAAGGAUUGCAGAGCAAUAUAUUCAAGCUUUCAGUAACAUAGCCAAGGAGGGCACAACAAUGUUGCUUCCUAGCUCUGCAUCCAAUCCUGCUAACAUGAUGGCCCAAGCACUUACUAUAUAUAAAAGUCUGCUUCCAAUAUCAGGAAAAUUAGAAGUAAAUGAUCCCUCGGUGAAGAUUAAAGACAAGAGCUCACCGAAAAAGGAAUAGUUUUUGAUUUGUGAAAGUUAUCAUUUUCAAGAAUUCCGUAUGGAUGUUACAGUAAAUUGAAUUCGGACUUUGGAGAGAAAAAGCAGAAGAGAUUGAGUGAAUUUUCUUUAAUUCACUUUUGUGUUUCUUUCUUGACAAAAUAAUGAAAAAGAAAAAAAAAAAAAGAUAUUUUAUCGUCUCA